AUGGGUUCUACCUUACCCACCAGCGAUUUGCUCCCUUCCGCCAGCUCCCCCUCCCUACAUCUAACGCAUCCCACACCCCUCGAACGCACUGCAACCUGGACCCUCAACUCACGCAACUGGGGGGGAGCCCUCGGACUCGAAUCCUACAUCGAGCGGGAAACUUAUCUCAUGAACGUGCCCCUCGCUCGCGAUGGUGGCAUCACCCACUGGAUCCUGACUUCCUCCUCGGCGCCUCCCAGUUCGCGCCCCAUAUUGGCAUCUUGCGAGUCACUCCGCAAGCCCGCUUUGGUGCGUACUCCUGAAGGAGAAAUAAAAGAGCUGAUCACGCAUGGGAUCGGGAGUGUAUUCUGCGAUCCUCAAUACAGGGGGAGAGGGUACGCAAGCCGCAUGCUGAAGGAGCUGGGUAAAGAACUCAAGACGUGGCAGGUGGGCGAGGGGAAAGAGUGUUUAUUCUCGAUAUUGUAUUCGGAUAUUGGGAAGAAGUACUAUGCAGGGCUUGGGUGGGCGGCGUUCCCUUCAACCCAUAUCGCCUUUCCUCCCUCCUCCUCGUCCUCCCCCAAAACAGGCAAUAUUGCAACCCCUCUCACAUACCCAGACCUGCCCUCCCUGUGCGCCCUGGACGAGAAAUACAUCCGGGACGAACUGGCCAAUGCGAAAGGUGGAAAAGUUCAAGUCGCCCUGCUCCCCAAUUAUGAUACCAUGCAGUGGCACCACCACCGCGAAGAUUUCGUGACGAAAAAGCUCUUCGGCCACUCCCCGACUGUCAAAGGUGCCAUUGCCGGCUCCCCAGGUUCUCGUGUGUGGGCCAUCUGGACGCGGAAUUUCUACGGGCCCCUGGAUAGCCAAUCCUCGCACAACACGUUCCACAUCCUACGAGUCGUGAUCGAGGAUAAAUCCGCUUCUGCAGCAGCUGCAAACGUAGGGAAAUUGAGAUCUAUCAUUGAAAGGGCGCAAGACGAAGCGAGGGAGUGGAAACUGGGGCAUGUGGAGAUGUGGAAUCCAACGCCUUAUGCUAAAGGUCUGAUAGAAAAGUUGGGCAUAGAGUACAAAGAAGUUGAUAGGGAGGAGGAGAGCAUUGCUAGUCUGAUGUGGUAUGGUGCGGGUAACGGCGGAACGGAUGAGAUUGAGUGGGUUGCCAAUGAGAAGUUUGGUUGGUGUUAG